GUUGACUCCAAAAAGUGCUCGUUCGAAUAACUUAAAAUAUAAAUAUGAUUAAAAAUCACCUGAUGUUGGUCUGCCUAGUAUUGUGCGCUUCUAGCUCUGUUUAUGGACACAAUUUAAAAAAUACUGACAAACUCCCCAAUAUGGUUAAAAAAGCGAAAAAAGUUCCAACUACCGUUUCAACUACGAAUUCAACCAUGGAUUCAACUACUGAUUUAAUUACGGAUUCAACUACAGAUGAUUCAACAUCGGAUUCAACUAUAGAUUUAGCUACGGUUUCAACUACUGGUUCAAUUACGGAUGAUUCAACAUCAGAUUCAACUACGGAUUCAAUUACGGAUGAUUCCACAUUGUAUUCAACUACGGAUUCAACUACGUAUUCAAAUAUGGAUUUAAGUACGGAUUUGAGUACGGACUCAAGAACGGAUUCAACCAUGGAUUCAAAUAAGAUUUCAAAUUUGAAUUCAACUACGGUUUCAACAACCGUCCCAACUACCGUUUCAACAACCGUUCCAACUACCGUUCCAGCUACCGUUCCAACUACUAUUGCAACCACAGAUCCAACUACUGUUGCAACUACUGUUUCAACUACCGUUCCAGCUACCGUUUCAACUACCGAUCCAACCACCGUUCCAACUAACGUUUCAACUAUGAAUUCAACUAUGGAUUUAGCUACGGUUUCAACUACUGAUUCAAUUACGGAUGAUUCAACAUCGAAUUCAACUACGCAUUCAGUUAUAAAUUCGAGUACCGAUUUAAGAUCGAAUUUAACUACGAUAUCAACUGCACGCUCCAGUAAAGAAAUUGCAGAUGGUCGCAUAACUUUCCUUAUUUUGUGUUGUACCAUUUUGCUUGUUGGAAUUAUUGUAUUGCUGGUCAAUUACCUCAUAAAACGCUUCAAAACCCAGUAUGAUGUAAUACCCGUAUAGUAACAAAUAGUUAAACUAAAAAACUAACUGAUGAUUUUUAAUAAAGUUACGGUCAUGUCGAAACAUUAUGUUAAAAGACCUCCGAUUUCCGAAAAACAGUGGGUUCUAAAGAUUUUAGUAUUGUUGGUUUUCAAAAUUCACCUAAAAGACCUAGUACUUCAAAGUUCCUGAAACAAAAAUUCAAAUAUUUAAAACAUGAAUCGCAAGCUCUACAGAUCAGUUAUAGAUAACUGCCUACUUUAUUUAUCAUUCAAAAUAAAAAAAAUACAAAAUCGAAUGGAGACAUCCCCACAAACAAAUUUUUCAGUUUUAACAGUUAUUGUGAAAAGGUUGUGACACAUUUGUAUUGAGUGCGUUAGAGAAAUUGGAAAAUUCAGCAAUCUGUUUAAUUUCUUCUCUUUACUUUUUGCUUAUUAUGUUUGCG